AUGGCCUUGCAGCUUGGAUUCCAACAAGAAUCGAGUCAGACUGAGUGUGUUCAACCUAAGAAGCCCAAAUGUAGAUCAAAGAAGAAGGAUUUGAAGCCAGCUGUGCCAGAGAUUGAUGUGGAUUCUGCUGAUCCCCAGAUGUGCGCACCUUAUGCGUCUGAGAUCUUUGAGUACCUUCACUCCAUGGAGAUGGAGGUGAAAAGGAGACCGUUACCUGAUUACAUUGAGAAAAUUCAGAAAGACGUUACAGCUAGCAUGCGAGGGAUUCUGGUGGACUGGCUGAUUAAGGUAGCUGAGGAAUACAAACUUGUCUCUGACACCCUCUAUCUCACUGUCUCCUACUUGGAUAGAUUUCUAUCUUCACAUGCUCUAAACGGACAAAAGCUGCAGCUUCUGGGCGUUUCUUGCAUGCUUAUUGCUUCCAAGUAUGAAGAGACCAGUCCCCCGCAUGUAGAAGAUUUGUGUUAUAAAACAGACAACAGUUAUACAAAGGAAGAGGUGGUGAAGACGGAGAAAGAUAUUCUCAAAUUUCUGAACUUUGAGAUGGGAAAUCCCACCAUAAAGACUUUUCUCAGGAGAGUUACUAGAGCAGCUCAAGUUGAUACUAAAUCGCCAAAUCUGCAAUUGGAGUUUUUGGGUUGUUAUCUCGGAGAGCUAAGUUUGCUGGAUUAUAGUUGUGUACGAUUCUUACCGUCAAUGGUUGCUGCUUCAAUUGUUUUCCUUUCAAGAUACACAAUCCAACCAAAAAUGCAUCCUUGGAGCUCAACUUUGCAACACUACUCAGGCUAUAGACCAUAUGAUCUAAGGGAUUGUGUCCUUGCAAUACAUGAUCUGCAAUUGAAUAGGAAAGGAAGCUCUUUAGUAGCCACAAGAGAUAAAUACAAACAACAUAAGUUCAAGUGUGUGGCAACAUUGUCAUCCUCCCUAGAUAUUGCAGCAGCUUACUUUGAUGAUGUUAAAAGUUAAGGUAUUCUUGUCACUGGGGGGUUUCAUGUACAGGGUUCAACUAUUUAAUCCAAGAGAAGUGGAAAGCAUUUGUUGGGAUGCAAAUUUUUGGUGAUUGCUUGCUUAUCUGAUGGAAGACAUCUUUUAUGCUUCUAUGCUUCUACUGCCUUAUCUCAUGCAGUAGAAGGGUCCUUCAAGAUGGAUUGAUGCUCCAGAGCUGGUUAUCUUUAGGUGCUUGUAUUUGUUCUACCUAAAGUUGGAAAAAUUGCCUGUUGAUGCGCUUAGUCCCACUUAGGAAGGAUGGAUGUGAUGAAUUGAUGGUUGGAAAGAUAGUAGGAUCAUGUUGACAUAUUAAACGAUACAUAUGUACUUACUCCAUUGUCUAGAAUGUUGCAAGACAGGAUUUUGUAUCUUGAAGCUUGAACUUGUUUCAGAUGAUAAAAUAGACACUCCAAUACUAAAAGUAAAAAAAUGUCAGUCACAGUCCCGUUGGAGAAAGCUUCAUUCAAUUUUGUAUACUAGCUAUCUGUCUACUGGAUUAUAUCUAAUCUGACAAAGCCUUGGAUUUUUUAUUA